GGGUCACCUAGAACAGAUUCCCAAAGAGGAACUUGGUUGUUAGCAGGCUAUAAUGCUUGAGGUCAGGAGUCCUGAAAAUGUUUGUGUGAGUAUUUAUUGCCUUGAAACCUUGAGACCGUCAGCAGAGGGAAGGAUAUAAAUGGAGCAGGAAGAUAGAGGACAGUAGACAAAGGAGCCCCGAGUUCAGCCCGCUGAGCCCCUGCUGGUGCUAAAACCAGCUGAGAAGCACGGUGCACGUUCUUACUCCAGCCACACCUGAAGGAGCUUUGGCGGAGAGAAGAGGCCAAGAGCUCUGGGCCCAGGGACAGAGCCCCAGCUGUUUCUCCAGUGCCCACCACGCGAGGAGAGCAGCAGACUGCCAGUGGAGAGCAGGGGCGAGGCAAGGAGGGCACGACAAACAGGAAGCCCUUAACCAGAGACACGUCGGGAAAGGAGAGUUAGAGCGAGCAGAACUCACAUCUCAAGACCAGUCUCCCAAACGGUUUCCAGAGAUGGAUUAUCUUGCUUUCUUCUUGGCUAUUGUUCACAUAUACAGAGCUCUAUGUGAAGAGAUGUUCUGGGACACGACUGUUAAACUGGCUGAGAAUAUGAGUCUAGAAUGCGUGUACUCAUCACUGGACACCUUAACCCAGAUGGAGUGGUUCAAGAUCAAUUCCACGGACAGAGAGUCCAUAGCCAUAUUCAGCCCUGCCUAUGGUGUGAUUAUAAGGACACCCUAUGCCGAUAGGGUUUACUUCUUAAAUUCUACCAUGGCUCCUAAUGAUAUGACCCUGACCUUCCAUAAUGUCUCUGAGGCUGAUGUUGGCUACUACUCCUGUUUACUUCAUACCUUCCCAUAUGGGCAUUGGGAAAAGGUGAUCCGGGUGGUUGCAUCAGGCACAACAACACAUUGGUUGCCUGAGAGUAUAAGCCCCUCUCCCCCAGAAAUCCUAGCCUUUCUUAACCACAGUCAGGACAGCAUAAGAUAUUUUGAUGAUUUCGAGAUAGCUGUGCCCUCAGAUAGCCACAUGGUCUCAGAACCUGGAAAAAAUAUCACACUCUCCUGUGAGCUUCCAACAAAGUGGCCAGUACAACAAAUUACCUGGGAAAAGAUCCAGCCCCAUCAGAUUGACCUCUUGACCAGCUGCAACUUGUCCCAAGGGAAAAUUUAUACUUCAAAGUACCAAAGAUGGGUGUCGAGUGACUGUAGUCCGGGAAUGACCAGCACCUUCAUCACCAUGCCCCAGGCCGUGGUCUCUGACUCAGGACUCUACCGCUGUGGUUUCAGUGCCGGAACGGGAGAAAAUGAAACCUUUGUGAGGAGGUUGACUGUAACUGAUGGUAAAAUGGAUAACCGAUAUACCCUCUUUGUGGCUGGAGGAACAGUUUUAUCGUUGCUGUUUGUAAUCCUAAUGACCGCCGUCAUUGUCAUUUCUUAUAGAAGGAGAAGGAGACAGAACAGAGGACUGUUUAAAGAGCACAGAAAUAAGGAUGCACAGAACAAGGCAACCAACAACUACAGAAAUCCCAUCUCUACCAAUCAGUCAUCGGAUUGUGCAAGAGAAGAUAUUUAUGUCAACUACCCAGCCUUCUCUCAUAGACCGAAGACUAGAAUCUAAGCUUUUUCCUGGAUCUGAGCAAAACUUAUGGUGACUGUUACGUACAUGGAUCUUAAUAUAAUUUCUUCCCACUACUCAGUGCCUAUCCAGGAUACCAGUUAGCUACAUUUAUUUAAUUUGAUAGGAAAGAUACUUUAUUACCUAGAGAACAUUCUUAACAGAAAUGUUUCAGAAAACCUGACUCUAAUUAGCUUAGACAUGAAGGGAAACUUACUGAAUCAUGUAAUGGAACCAUCCAGGGAGAUGAAGCUUCACGCAAGGGUUAUUCACCAAGGUUUAAAUGUCUUGUCUAGAAUUAAGUAUGGGCAUACACCUGCUUCUGGAUUCCCUUUUGUGGUAUUGGAUCCACUUUAUUGGUGUUAGCCUCUUAUUCAGGCAUUUCCCUUGUGUUUCUAAAAAGCCUUGGCAAUUCACAAUCCUUGUUUCUGCCUGGUGGACAGGUUACUUCUCUGAUAGAGCAAAGAGAUUUGGUUAUUUGUGCAGCAUUAAACAGGCAACAUGGCCAAAAGAGAUGGAA